UGGAUAUAUCGAGGUCCCGCGAAACCGGACGAUAUCCUGAACCUACACGUCGUUGUCAAGAACGAAGCAGACCGGGAUCUUGCUGCGAAACUCACUUCAAUCAGCAGUCCUGGGAGUCUGGAUUAUGGGAACCAUCUCAGCCAAGAACAAUUGACGGCUUUCUUGGCCCCGCAAGAUGAGACUAUUGAUCUUGUCGCCUCAUGGUUAUUUUCAUUCACCGGCGUCAGCGACAUUACCUUUAUCAACCAUACAAGCACGAUCGCGUUCGCAUGCACAGUUGGAACAGCAAAUGGGAUUCUCCAGUCAGAAUUUGGCGUAUUUCAGAAUACUGAAACUGGUGCCGCCAUUACUCGAAGUCUAUAUUACAGCCUGCCAGAAAAGAUUAGUCAAUACGUUGCAUUCGUUCAUCCCGUCACAUACUUCCCUACGCUUCGACAUAGCAUUGUGGCUGGGUCAAGAAGGCCAAUUUCACGGCACGACGAUAUCAUCAGCAGGCGUGAUGUCUUUCCCGAACUGCUAGCUGCAUGUAACACUAUCACGCCCACGUGUAUCGCUGCUUUAUACAAUAUGACUUACAUCCCCCCUGUCAACGUAACAGCAAGUGGUGGCAGCCUUGGUGUUGCUGGUUUCCUCGAACAAUGGAUCAAUCACACAGAUGUCUCCUCUUUUGUUCGAAAGUACGGUAACUCAGAAGACAUUCGUGCCAAUCCUGGCUCAUUCACUAUCGAAUUAAUCAACAACGGCACCAACAAUGAGUCUUCCCCUGGUGUCGAAGCCACGCUAGACAUGGAAUAUAUCAUGCCGUUCACAGGAUCUCUUCCGGUCGUCUACUAUUCAACAGGUGGACGUGCUCCAACGAUUGGGGAAGAUGGAAAACAAUUGCCUCUCAACCAGAGCAGUUCAGAGCCAUACCUCGAAUGGCUUCAAUAUAUGCUGGCGAAACCAGAUGGAGCUAUCCCUCAAGUGAUCUCAAUUUCUUAUACCGACACCGAGCAGACAGUGCCACGCGACUACGCUAUUCAUGUUUGCGACCUGUUCGGACGACUUGCUCUUCGUGGAGUGUCAAUUAUCGAUGCCUCUGGAGACGGUGGAGUUGCAUGUCAAGACGACGUCCCGUGUGUUAGUAAUGAUGGCCUCAAUCGGACCACGUUCCUACCUACAUUUCCAGCAAGCUGUCCAUGGGUGACGGCUGUAGGAGCAACACACGUUAUACUAGAGCAAGGAGAAAGCUUUUCAUCUGGAGGGUUUUCAAAUUACUUUGCCGUUCCAGACUAUCGACGCAACGCCACUGCAUCUUAUAUCGCGACUUUGAACGGGCAGUACGAAGGUCUUUAUAAUGCAUCAGGACGAGGGAUCCCAGACGUUGCAGUCUUCGGCUCUCGGUUUGAGACCGAGAACAACAAUAUCUCGUCUGGGCAUCAUUCUGGGACAAGUGCAGGCACACCGGUAUUUGCGUCCAUGAUCGCGCUGAUAAAUGACAUGCGGCUGAGGAAUGGGAAGCCAGUUCUCGGAUGGUUGAAUCCUAGGCUGUACUCAGAGAGUCUGAAGGACGUAUGGAAUGACAUUACAGAAGGUUCGAGUUAUGGAUGCGAUGCUUCGUGGAACUCAACUGAGGGUUGGGAUGCUGUAAUCGGACUUGGAACUCCAGACUUCCAGAGAUUGGCGAAA